CGUCCGGUGGUGAAGUGAAUCCCGUUCCGAUCGUGUGCGUCGGUGGUGCAAGAGAGACAAAAAGUCCCGCGAGUCCCGUUGGAGCGAACAAGAGAUCAUCAUAUUUGGGAAACGAAAAAGCUUCUCUGGCUUGUGCGGUGUUGCGUCGCGCUUGGACAAAACGGAACGGGAACAUUUUGCGCGACGACGGAUGAGUCGAGUCACCGAGCGAAAGUACGCACACGGUCUGUCAGUUUGCUGAAAGAGUGUUGGGGCGAUUGCGAAGUUGUGUGUGCGCGAGGAAAAAGAAGCUGUGAAUUUUCGAUGGGGAAAAUAAUUUUUGGAUGGAUUUUCGGUUAAAAGUGGUCGAAUUAAUUGCAGCGGAUUACGGUUUAGUGUAAAGUUGAUCGGGGCGUGUCGCGUCAACGGAAUUUGCUGGAACUGGAGGAUUUAUCAGCGUUGAAAGUCUCUGCCAAGAGCCUUCGGUGGUCGGAAUUGAAAAAGUGGGUGUUUCUUUGGCGUUUUUUCAUCGGUGGUUGGAACUACUGACUGGGCGAACAUCGGCUAUUGCGAAUGAUUAGGACUGAGAAAUUUGGUGAACUAGUUUUGCGAAAAUCGAGCCCUGCGAUCCAGGAGGAGGUGUGACCUUACCUUAUCACCGUGAACCAGAAUGUGAUGCGAAAAUUAUUAUCGAUGUCGUCUGAAGGCAGCAGCAGCAGCAGUGUUUAGAUGGUUGUGAUUGUGUGCGUUUUCCGAUUCCCAUCAGGAGCCCUCGCUGGGGCUACUCUGCGUGAGUGAGCGAAGUUAGGGGCAAGGUGUCUGAACGUAAAAUCCGACCGAAUUUAAUAAAACGAAAAGAAAUCAACGAUUUGAGAUAUUUUUAGAAACCCGAUGGAAACUCUGGAACAACAGAAUUGCGGUGUUUAUGCGCUCGAAGCGGAAUAUUGUAUGUUGUUUAACCAGUGCCAGUGAAUAUCUAAUUAUACGACCAGUGAAAAAUUGAAUGAUUACUCAAACGGGUGGGUAACAGGAAGAGAAAAAGGGCGAAAAGAAGCGACUCAACCGCGGUCCGUGAGCUGGGAGUGCGAGUUUAUUUUGUGGGGUUCUGCUUCAAAGGAGAAAAAGAACCACCUGUCGUUUCCCGCAGUCGACGCGCUGGUUUCCUAGGAUAAAUUAUUAUCGUUUUUGAAGCCAGCUGGAACGAAGUUUUCUUUUUCCGAAGCAAAAUGCCUGGAUUAAUUGGUGUAAGCGAGUUCCUCGAGGAGACCCGGGAGGACUACAACUCGCCGACGACGUCGACCUUCGUGUCGAGGAUGGUCCAGUGUAGGCAAACGAUUGCCGCCCUGGAAGAGACACUUGACUUCGAUCGGGAAGGACUGACCAAGCUGAAGAAAGCUGUUAAAGCAAUACACAACUCCGGAAAUACACACGUGGACAACGAGAUGUGUCUGGUACGGGCACUGGAACGUCUCGGCUCAGUGGCGUUGUCCAAAGAAGAACCCGACAUCGGUGCAGCGUUCCUGAAAUUUUCCGUCGUCACCAAAGAGCUCAGCGCCCUGAUGAAAACGCUGAUGCAAAACAUCAACAACAUCGUCAUGUUCCCGGUGGAUUCGCUGCUAAAAAGCGAGCUGCGGGGUAUGAAGGGCGAAAUGAAGAGGCCAUUUGACAAAGCUGCCAAAGAUUACGAUUCCAAGUUUAUGAAAAUAGAGAAGGAGAAAAAAGCGCUGGCCAAGGAUGCCGGCAUGAUGCGAACCGAGGUGACUCCAGCGGAAAUUGCCGAGGAAAUCGAAAAGGAACGGCGAGUGUUCCAGCUGCAGAUGUGUGAGUAUCUGAUAAAGUUCAACGAGAUAAAAACGAAGAAGGGUAUCGAGCUGCUGCAGCACUUGGUCGAGUACUAUCACGCUCAAAAUAACUAUUUCAAAGACGGCCUCAAGACAAUCGCACACUUUGGGACGUACAUCGAAGAGCUGAGCGUGAAACUUCAGACAAUCCGUCAUAAACAAGACGAGGAACGACGGAAGCUGCUAGAGCUGAGGACAUUGUUGCGCUCAUCGCCGGACUUCGACCGGGUGGAGAAUGUUCCCAGCGAUAAGGGUGCCGUAGGUUACUCACUUCACCAGCUGCAGGGCGACAAAAACCACGGUGUCACACGAUCCGGGCAUUUACUGAAAAAGAGUGAAGGCAAAGUGCGGAGGGUGUGGCAAAAACGACGAUGUCGGGUGACAGCUGACGGCUUCCUGGAUAUCUGCCAUGCAGAUGAAACCAAAGCACCAACUCGAGUCAACCUUCUUACCUGCCAGAUUAAACCAGUGUCGGACGAUAAGAAAGGGUUCGACUUAAUUAGUUAUAACCGACCGUACCAUUUCCAAGCAGAAGACGAAGCCGACCAAAAGGCGUGGAUGUCGGUGCUGAUGAACUGUAAGGAGAAGGCAUUAGCCAAAGCAUUCCAACACGCGACACCCCAGAUGAGCCCUAGUCUAAUCGAACUGCAGAAGACUGUGAUUAAGUACAUCCAGAACCUGCCCGGUAACGAUCAGUGCUGUGAUUGUGGAUCCAGGAACGACGUUACCUGGAUUAGUUUAAAUUUUGGCAUCCUGGUUUGCAUCCAGUGCUCCGGUGUGCACCGUGAUCUGGGCGUGCACCAUUCCCGGAUACAGAGUCUGACGUUGGACAAUCUAACUACGGCGCAGUUGCUGAUUGCCAGAGCCAUGGGCAAUAACAGCCUGAACGAGGUGAUGGAAGCCACGCUAGGGAGCGGGAAGCUGACACCCGAUAGUUCGAUGGAGGAACGAUACGAUUUCAUACGAGCAAAGUACAUCGCCAAGAGGUACGUUAUGCGUACUUGUGCCGAUGAUCGGGACUUGCGGAAUGAUCUCGAGCAAGCUGUGAUCAAUGCCGAUCUUGGUCAGUUGCUGCAGGUAUGGGCUGAAGGUGCCGAUCUGUCCUGCGUGUUACCAUCGUCGGAUUUCGGUGAAACGGCACUUCAUCUUUCCGUUUUGCGGGAGAUGGGUUCCACGUUGCACAUAGUUGACUUUCUAAUUCAAAAUAUGACCGCUCAAGGUUUGAACAAACAGACGAACCCCCCCGGCCCGGCGGAUAUGUCCGGCAAGAAUACGGCCCUUCACCUGUGUGGUCUGCACGACCGAAGAGAGUGCAUGAAGCUGUUGCUGCGAUCUGGCUGUGAUUACGAGAUCAAAAAUUCCCAAAAUCGUACCGCACUAGACAUUGCCAAAGAGAUGGGGCACGAGGUGUGCAAGGAGUUGAUUGAACAUGCCAUAAAGCGCGAAAAGAGCGCCUUCGAUCACAUCAACACGGACUGGAACAUCCACGACGAUGGGUCAACAGAUUUCUCCGACGACGAUACGGUGCUAAUGGAUGAGCGAAAGUCCCGAUCGCGUCCGCCCAGCUUUGUAGGUGGUGAGUCUCCGGUGCUACGGUCCCGCUCGUCCACCUGUGACUCUAUCCAGAGCGGUUCCAGUCCCAGUUCAAGUUGCAAUCCGAAUUUGGUCGGUGCUCAGCAGAUUCCCGGCGGCAGCCAGCAGCGACAAAUCCCAAUCCCCUCCUCCGGUACUAGUCCGAAACAAUAUGCCGGAGGAUUCACGUCGCACUACGGUUCCGGAGUCGGGUCAGCGACCGGCGGUUCUAGUCCUAAUUCUAGUAGUUCCAGCAGUAUUAUUCGUCAAGCGACGGCACAGAUUUCAGCAGCUGCAGCUGCCGCCGCUGCGAGUUCGCAGAGUAAAAAGUCAUCCUCCGUUAAUAUUGGCUCGUUGAAGAAACGCACGGCUCCGGCACCUCCGCCGACCACUUAUGGUACGUUGCCACAUGCUCCACGCCAUUCGCAAACCAUCGAUAGUGAAAUAUUUGGAGUAUCGGCGCCUCACCUGCAUCAUCAUCAUCCGGAAAUGUACAGCACACUGCCACACCUGCGAGGUUCCGAUAGCGGCGGAGGGGGAGGAGUAGGAGGAGGAGGAGGCGGUGGGACGGGUUCAUCCGCAGGCGGUAAAUCGAAUUCGUCCCAACAGUUGCAUUUCGAUAACAAAAUCUACGAAAGGUUUGAGGGAUACAUUCAAGCCAAUAGGGAUCCCAACUUUCUCAGUACCUUUACCGGUGGGCACAAACGAUCGCCUAGCGGGGAAUCUUUGGGUAGAAAUUUAGCUGGAGCCAAACUAGUCCUACCACCUGCAGGGGAAAUCCCUCAACUGAAGCCAGUCGAUAAAAGUUUUCACAACAGACCAAAGUUGCCACCGCCACCAGGGCCACCGGCUACAGACAAAUCAAUGUCUAACGGACAAUCGAACGAGAGUUUAUCGUCGAUAGACGACUCAGUAGUGUUAAGGAAAAAGACAACCAAAGCUCAACAACUGAACUCAUCAUCUAACUAUGUGGAUUUCGUGGGAGAACUGGACCAUUCACUGGCGUCGUCCUCGGGUGGAAAUUUGGACUCGGCUAACAGUAGUUUCAGUAGGAACGAUACCAGCGGUGCGUCGGCGGAUUCGUCCGGCGGGGUGGCAUUAGAUGUGCGGAAUAGCUUCAACGUGUCCAAGGGUAGCACGGGCUCAUACCAUGGUUAUGGCGGACUGCGCCGGUGUCGAGCGCUAUAUGACUGCAAUGCGGACAACGAUGACGAGCUUGAGUUCAAGGAGGGUGAAAUCCUGAUCGUCCUGAACGAGCGAACCGACGACGACAACUGGAUGGAGGGCGAAAUAGAGGGGGACAGCUCCCGGCGGGGCAUGUUCCCCGUCAGUUUCGUGCAAAUGUUGAACGAUUAAAGCUACCCGGAUGUAUUUAGUUGAAUAUCGAAAUGUUACAAAUUGGCGCCCAACGGCGGCGAGUGCCGACUUGGGCGAGAACGGAGCUGAGCUCCGUCCACCAAAACAUGUUGGAAAUAGGUGGUUUAAUGUAGAUCGAACAAAUUUAGUGAGUGAAGAUUUCCAGAGUUCCGACACAAAACAAAAUCGUAAAAAGAGUGAUUUUUCUAAGUCUGCUAUCGUUAGAGUAUCGUAACUAAUGCAAAAUUGCAUCCUCUUCUGGUAUUCGAAUAAUCUAUUUUCUAUUUAUUAUUAGUUUUUUACGCCCAGGAGGAUUUCUGUUCUCUCUGUCUCAAGGGAAAGAAAAAUGAUCGAGAGUUAUUAGCGUAGGAUAGUGCGGAUAAGAGAAAAAGAGUACUAUUUUAUAAAUGUGUAUUAUUACUCUAAGAAAUAGGACACGAUGUAAAUCGAAACGAAACUGCUCAAAGUAGAAGAUGGAACCUUUUUCUCCGAUUGAAAUAAAUUUGAUUCCGCAGUGACAAAACAAUGCAGCAACUAACUGAACAGGAUGUUUACCUAAGAAGAAAGCAUUUAUUUUGAGUUCGGUUUAAAAUGAAAAAAGAGACGUGUAAGUAAAUUGACACAAGAUGAUAAUUUUUAAUCAAAGAAACAAAGCAAAAACAAAGAAAGGACAACUACAAAAGCAUAUAUAUGACUAGUUGAUAAAUAUUGUUUGUAAAAAUUAACUACCAUUCACCUAUAGUAUAUAUUGGAAAGUAUGGAACAAAUGAAUGAAACAAACUUUAAACUAUAAAGGAAAAGUCGAAAUAUUAGCAGAGAAGGAAAUAUUAUGUGCCAGUAUACAGAAAAUUUAAACUAAGUGAGAAAGGAAGGAAUUAAGAAACUUGAGUCCAGUGACAACUAUUGAAGCUACUACAAAACAGUACUGUAAUAGGAAAGCAAACAAAUCGUUACUCAAUGUGUAAUAGAAUCGACGUCUCUUUAUCCCAACUCCUCCACCUUCUACUAGAUUGAAGAAAUAGAAUGAAUCAAAUCAAAGACAGUAAAAAACUUAGUUUUCCUCAAUCAACCUCGUCAAAAUGCAGUAUAAUGGAAGAAAUCAACACAGUUUACCAUUAGAAAUUGUCAUGUCAGUGAAAAUCCAGUACGGAAGUGUAGCAUUACUGUUAUAUAAACAAAACAUAUUAAAACAAACAAAUAUUACCAUCUUACGUGGGCUUAAUCUACGAGUAGAACGACGUGACACGUGUCGAAUUCGACUAUGCUCACGUCACUCUUCCGUAGAAUAAGUCCAAGUGAAGCCAGGACGAUUUGGUGGAGCACAUACGAAUGUUGCAUUCAAACCAAAAUUUACAGUGAGAGGGACAGCAAAAAGAAUCAAAGUACCAGAAUGACAACAAAACCAUAAAUGUGAAUGAAUGUUACAGCGGAAAACAAAAGUUUAAAUAACUACCAUGAUACCAUUACUAGAUAAACUACACAGCAACAGAUGCGAAAAAACGGAUAGCAAUGCUUCAUCUUGUAGAAAAGAAUGCAGACUAACUGCGGUAAAAUCGAUCCAUAAACCUAUAUAAUGAAAUCAUUGACAGAGUAUAGAAUACAGUUACGAAUGAGAAAAAAUGAAAACAAAUAUCAACACAGAGACGAACGUUAAACAAAAUCAAA